UUGGGCGCGAUUGUUUCCGUGUUGGCGUGGUUGAUUGUGUGUGUGCGUGUGUAUGUGCACGGUGUUCGGAAAUAGGAGCAAUGUGGCAUGAUAACGCCCAGUACCGAUAGUGGUGGUGUUGCACUUGCGAAAUCUGCGUAGUAGGCUAAGCGAACUGUCAAACCCGUGCGGUGUGAAACUUCGAACUUCGAGAGACAUAACACCCUGCGAACCGAAAAAGUGGCCGAAAAGGAGUCGAAGAUGGCUGACGUUGAGUCUCAGAAGAUCUGCGGGAAGGCGAAAUCCAAGAUCACGCUGCCUGUGGCCGUCGACGGAAUGAUCCUGGUGCUAGUCGCCUGCUUCCUGAUACUGACCGAGCUGGGCCUGCUGCCGCAAGUGGUGAAACGCGGGUACUACUGCAACGAUCAAUCGAUCCAGCACGUGUACAAGGGUGACACGAUAACGACCGUGACGAUUCUGCUUAGCGGACUGGUGCCGAUUUUUAUGAUAUGGCUGUCGGAAGCGCUCCUCUACACGCCAUCGAUCAACAGCAGCAAAACCGAAACCGAAUCCCGGUGUCGCGGAUCCUGGCGCGAGGCAUGGUACUGGUCGAAAAAGUAUGGCCGUGGCCUCAUCACCAUGCUCGUCAUCAUCGGCACCGUUAAGAUUUUCCUUGGCGAGUUGCGGCCACACUUCCUGAACACCUGCCAACCGGACGUGGAGUGCAAGGGCACCGAGUAUGUCACCGACUACACCUGCACGAACAGCGACGAAAGUCUGUACUUUAUCCGCGAUGCCAGCAAAUCGUUCCCAUCGGGCCACGCCGCCAUGUCGGUGUUCGAGUCCAUCUUUAUGAUAUGGUACCUGGAGAAACGCGUGCCACGAUUGCGCUCGCUAUUCAUCAUACCGCUGUUCCAGAUGCUGCUGAUGUGCUGGGCCGUGUUCUGUUCGUUAUCACGCAUCACCGACAACCGGCAUCACUGGUGGGACGUGUUGGCCGGAUCUAUUGCGGGUUUCAUCGCGACCUUCAUGACGUGCCGAUUCGGAUGUCACAACUUCGACGCGAGCAAGCGGAAGCGGAAGUCAUCGGUGUACACGGAUCACGAUCACAAGCUGAUCAACACCGGUAGCGGCGGAAACACCAUGGGCAUGGGAACGCCACUGCACAAGGAAGAAAUUAACCUCAAUAACGUGAUCCACGCCUGACCGCGCGAGUGGAGAAAGAUCCUCGGGCAGGAGGCCGCCCUUGCUGUCCGGCAUAUUCCACACAAUCAGUAUUUUGCGCUAUGUAUUGUAUGACGACACGUUGGGUGUGUUGAGAGUUAGUUCUAGCAUUUUAGGUAUUAGGGUUUCGAGAGCGAGUUCUCUGGCUUGCUAGCUUUAGCGCGCCUUUUGCAAACAGAAGGUAAAGUAACACGUUACGGUACGUAGCGAGCCAGGAGGAACCGCGCCUCUUUCAUGUCCUUCGCGGGUAGAAACACAUCCUGCGAGAGGAACCCCUCCUGUCGAACGGUGACGGCAAUGUGAUAUUAUUCCAUAAGUAAUGAGCGUACGUGCCCAAUCCGGAAGAAAAUCGUUUUCCAACGGGCCACAGCGAGUGGUGUUUAAUUGAAAAUUAAAUUGAAGUAUAACUAUUACCGAACCCUUCAGAAGCGGAGGUCCGCGAUGAAGCAAAACAUGUGCCAAAGCUGAGGUCUGGCAAGAGGCAUAGAAACUCAGCAAGUUAGCAUGAAAAGUGCGACGAAAAUUAAGCGUUGAAUAAGGCUAAAUUAAAUUUUUCAUCACAAAAAAAAAGAUGAUUCGAGAUGCGUUUAUAUAGACAUAUACAUACUUGAAAAGUUUUAAACCAGUCACUUACACCGUUCUGGGUAGGGAGCACGGGACCGAGGUUAUAUUCUAUAUUUGCUAAGACGAAUCAUAAAACAAGUAAACUUAAGUUUUAUUAUUUAUAAACAUAAAACGGCAUCUGUGUUUUUCAUUGAAAGAAUAGUUUAAAAAGUAACAACAACCAAUUCACAGAUGUUUGGAUCUUUGGAAAGGUAUUUUUGUAAUCCAUUUAAACCAAGAAAUAUAUAAAAAAAAUUGAGAAAAAUUAAAGGAACCUUUUUGGUUCGUUUACGGGUUUGGUUUCGUUCACCGGUCCAUCGUUGCUUCCAUCGAUUGUCAUCCGAUAACGUAACGAAAAUACGUUGUAUUUUUUUGGA